AUGGGAUUCAUUGUGGGGGCAACAGAUAUCAAGGAAAAGCUAAACGAAAUAAGAAACGUUGGGAAGAAUGUCAAGACGGGGAACAGCUCAGCAUCCCUUGCUCUGCCCCAAAGGCAAGCAGAAUAUAAUCGCGCUGUGUUCCGUGUCCACAAGGGAGUCAAGGCGUUCUCCUUGUGCAGGAGGAAGAACCUGCUGGUGACAGGUGGGCUGGACCGAAUCAUCAGGGUCUGGAAUCCUUACCUGCCUGGAAAGCCGACAGGUGUGCUGAGAGGCCACAUGGCUCCAGUGAUGUAUGUACACAUCGCCUUUGAAGAAAACAAAGUGUUUUCCAUGUCUGCUGACAACACAGUCAAGAUCUGGGAUCUGGAGACCCAUGGCUGCUGCUGUACCAUCUCUUCCAAAGCCAGUGGCAUCAGGGGAGAACUAACAGCCUGCCUCUAUCUCCCCGGACCUAGAGCCCUGUGUGUGGCCACGGGGACCCUGGCUUUCCUUCACCUGAAAGUGGGAACUGUCCCAGAGCCCCACCUCGUGUGGUCCCACCAAGAGCCCGUGGUGUGCUGCAGGUACAACCCAGCCUUCAGACAUGUGGUCAGCUGCUGCGAAGCCUCCGUAGUGAAAGUGUGGGACUUUGAAACGGGAAGACAGGUGUCCGAAUUUAUUGGCACUCACGGCAAUGCUGGCAUCACCUGUCUGACCUUUGACACCAGCGGAAGAAGGCUUGUUACUGGAGGAAGGGAUGGCUGUCUGAAAAUAUGGAGCUACAACAAUGGACACUGUCUGCACACCCUUCAACAUGAUGAAAAUCAAAGUGAAGUCUGUGACUGUACCUACAUGGAGGUGAACCGAAAUAGGUGUGUCAUAGCUGUUGGAUGGGACCGAAGAAUAAAUGUGUAUUUUGACCUACCUCAAGAUUUUCAUCAUUUCCGGAAGCCUCAGCCCCACUGGCAGGAUGACCUGAACCAUGGGCACAAGGAGGACAUUCUCUGUGUGGCUCAGUGCCCGCCUUUUCUUCUGGCCACCUCCAGUUACGAUGGAGAGAUAAUAGUUUGGAAUGUCAUCUCAGGCCACAUGUACUGCAAGCUGAACACCCCCAGCCCCACGGAUGGCCAGGACUGUAGAGAAGGCCCAGAUAGAAGUGUCUCCCAGCUCGCCUUUCUAAAGACACGGCUGACGAAGUUGGAUUCAGUGUCUGCUUCCCUCAUCAGCAAUGGGCCUGGAGGUUCUGUCUGUUUCUGGAAGCUCUUUAGUGGGUCUGGUCUCGUUGCAAACUUCACUCCGUCCAGAGAAAAAGCCCAGGUGAGCGGCAUGGUGGUGACAUCAGGAGACACUCUCGCCUACCUGGCUGACCAGCACGGCUUCAUACAUGUCUAUGACAUCCAGGAGUAUGGCCUCCGGGGAACAGAGCUGCAGGCUCCCAACACCGUGACAUCCUGGAGAGCUCACGUCAGCAUGGUGACCUCCCUGGAACUGAUGGAGGAGGACAGCAUUCUGCUGUCCUCCUCCCUUGACUGCACUGUGCGCCUGUGGAGCCAGGACGGGGCAUACAUAGGGACCUUUGGGCAGAAUCGCCCCUGGGAUGUUUUCACUCCCGACUCCUGGGGUCACCCAAGAGUCCCCUUUGAGAUUCUGACGGACCCUCGGAGCAUGCCUACCCACCCGGUACUGGAAACAGAUGUUCCUGCUGGAUCCUCGGGAGGACGGCAGGAGCAGGACCACGGGACUGAGGAGAAGGUCCCGUGUGAGGCUGAAAAGACCCCUAACCCUCCCUCCCCAGAAGGUCUCGUUGUUGAAGCGGAGGCGAAAGUGGAUAAGAGCCGAUGGUCUGAGUUUUGCCAUGGCAGACUACUGUCAGCACGAAGAAAACCUCGGUGGAAGAUGCCUGAGCUCAGAUGGCCCAGCAUUUACCAGGCCCUCCGGUGCCACGAGCUCGCCUUUGUAUCUGCUCUCGGGGAGAAGCCGGAUCUGUCCAUUCCAGGCUCUGACUUGUUCCCCAUUGGUUUCCGAAGCCAGGAGACGGAAGCUGAGCUACCAGAAAGGAAGAAACUCUCACCCUGGAGCAGUUUCCUGCCCGAGGGCUAA